AUGGAUGAUCCCCACCAGAUUCCUCCAAAUACAUCUGAAAUAAAGAACAUACUUCCGGAUGUCGUGCAUUCACAACAGAUACCCACCGUAGGAAGUGUUACAAACGACACAGAGACAGAUAUACAACCCACCGAAACCACUGAAGAAAACACAAUUUCACAUGAUGGCCAAGAAAGCAAGACUGAGUCUAUAUCAGAACAUAUUCCCUCCAAAAUUGAGUACUCUACAGAUUCUGACCAUGCAAGUAGAACACAGGACCUUCUCAGAGUUGAGCCCGAGCAAGACAAGGUUGCUAAAAAUAGUUCCUUGAACUUCCCUGUACCACACUCACCUGUUAGUGACAACCCAAGUACUCAAGAUCCCAGCAAAGUAAGUUUAUCCUUGCCAUUAGAUGUUAAUGCUGUAUCUGAUAUCCAUCUUUUGAGUGAAGAAAGUCCUGUUAAUUUGGCAUUAUCAUCAGAUUUAUCUAAAGAUACUCAUGACAAAUCACAGAUGUCCGAUCAAAAUGUGCCAUUAAGUAAACAUGAUACGCCAAACCUAUCUCCUAGAAGUGACAAGUAUCUUGACUCUCUAAAUGAGGAAUCUAGCUACAAAUCGGAUGUAUCUGAACAUGAUUCUGCUGAUGUUUCUGAUAAAAUAGAUUCACCUGAGAAAGUGAGUUCAGGAUCUGAGGAGAUAAUAAAACUUGAUAUUAGAGGUCAGGGGGUCCCAAAAUUUCCCUUCCCAGCUGCUAAAAUCAUAUUUGGACCACCACCUGAAGGAGGGACCGUUAUAGAUUCUAAUGUUGAACCCAUUCCUGUAUUCCCAAACUUGUUAUCUCCAUUCCUUGUUGGUGCGGGGGAUAGUCUCAAAGUUGAAGAGGUGUUUGAUGACCAAGGAGCAUCUAAAGAGCCAUCACCUGAUAAGUCUCUACAUCUAUCACCGGAGAAGGAAAGUUUGUCAAGUGAUAAAACAUUACCAUUGUCUGCUGAACAAGUGAGUCUUUCCACUGACAACUCGUUACAGAUGUCACCAGACAAACAAAGUCUAUCAAGUGAUAAAAUUGAGGCUGACUUGCUUGUGGAAGAGAUUACUGUUGAAGAUGAAUUGAAAGAAAAGGUCUAUGAUAAACCAGAGGAGAGUUCUAUGCCAAAAUCAAUGCUUCCGGAAGAGACAAUAUCUUUUAGUACAAUGACAGAUUAUAAGACAAUAUGUGAAGAAUAUCAUGUGAAGCUUGUGCACUUGGAAGACGCUAUAACGCAGCGUGACGAAUUAAUUGAAGAACUGACCAUCUCAUUACAGCGUUCGGUUCGCGAACGAGAUGACCUUAGACAUGAGAAUGAACACUUGACUAAUGAAGUGCAGAAUCUGCAGCACAUUGUUGGGGAGAGAUCGCACUCAGAACAUGACACAGUUAAAGCUCAACUUUCAGACUUUAUUAAAUACCAGAGCUUGCUUAAAGAUGACAGCACCAAGUUCUACUCAGCUGUCAUGAGUGGAGGAUCCUCAUUACAGAGUUCUAAUGGGGAAAAAGAUAUGGAUAGGGAAGAAAUAGUAAUUAAUUAUUCAAAGUCUGAUUUGCGUAUGUCGGACGCGUCGGAUGAAUUCCAGACUGGUUUCGAGGAGAAAUUGACAACGAUAAUAAAUAAGUUUGAUAGUUAUAUAGAGGAAAAUUUGAGGAAUAAGCUAAGGGAGAGUCUGAUACAAGUACUGUGUGAUGAAAUAGGUAAGAUGAGGAUAGAAAAUGAUACUGAAAUCAAGGAGUUGGAAGCUCAACUGCAGAGCGACAAGCAAGCUUACACGGUAGAGACGCGGCGACUGAGGGAAUUGCUAGCCUCGGUGAAGGCUGGUAAUGCAGAUAUUGAGGCACUGAGGCAAGAGUUGGACAUCAAACAUGAGAAAGAAAUGGAGAACUUGAGGACUUAUUUCGAAAAGAAAUGUUCUGAUAUGGAAAGAAGCUACUCGGAGGAAGUGUGGCGCGACAAGGCGUGUGUGUCGCCGUGUGGGUCGGCGACGUCUCUGGACGCGCCCACCGACGCCGCCGGCGACCACGCACGGCGCCGCACGCGCAGUGCACUGCUUACCUCACUCAGCUUAGAGUCGACUCAACUGGAGCAGUCGUUGAAGCAUUUAAGCAAGAAGUAUGAACAGCAGAUAGACGAGAUGAAGGCGGAGCACGUCGCUUACGUCAACGAGCUGCAAGCUACGCACAGGGAGGCUAUCGCGUCGCUGGACGAACAGAUUACCCAACUGAAAGCUCACAUACAAACAGCGGAGAACACGGAGACGAACGUGUCUCUGUACCAGCAGGACAUUGACCUCGAGCUGGAGAAGAAGAUGGAGGUGCAACUGGAAGCCAGGCUCGAUGAGGUCAGGGAUCAGGUCAGGCAGGAGGUCGUCAACCAUCUACAGGAGCAGCUACAGGUUCUACUCUCCGACCCUGAUGCUGAGGUGUCGAGCUGGCCGUUGGAACUGGUGGCGUUGAGAGACAAAAUACAUGGAGAGACCGCCAAGUCGCAUGCUGAGAAGGAGUGUUCAAGUCUUCGCGACGAGUUAUCCGUCGGCGAAGACAAGUGGAAACAGCGUCGUAACCUCAGCUUCGACCAGAAUAGACAGCUGGAGGAAGUUACCAGAGAAAGGGAUGACCUAAAGCGCGUGGCAGUGAGCCUGCACCGCGUGGUUGGUCAGCUCGUGGCGUACUGCGCCAGCGCAGAGGACGAACUCAACCGCACUGUACUGGCACAGCUACUCGCUCGGUUAAUACCAGGGGAGAACGACACGUUCAUAGAAGAGGAGUCUCGGCCGACGACACCGAACCUGUCCACCGAACUGAACCAGAGCUUGGUGUCUCGGAGCGGGAAGCACGUGCACUUUGCGCCUGAUCUCAACGCCUUACUCACUGAUUUAGAUGAGGAGGGUAUAGUGAAUUUCCUGCAACAGCAGCGUGAUCUCAGUGCGGAUAUCAAGAAGGAGUUAGAAAGCUCUUUGCGGAGAUUGAGACAUGAAGCGCAUUCUCUGCUCGAUUUAUCUGCUAAACUUGCUCCUAGAAUCCGUCGAGACACUGGUAACAUGCUGGAGUCGAGUAUACAGAUCACAGAGCUAGUUCAGGAACUUGAUACCAAACAGAAUUGUGACAACUGUGAGUUGCAUCGAAAGAACAUGGAGGAAGCGAUGGCAGAGUGUCUCCAACGCGAAAACUUGCUUCGCUCCGACCUGGAAGCCGCCAUGAUCAAGAUCGCGCAGCUUAUGACCAGCGGGGACGUUAUCGCUGAAGGGUACGGCACGGGUCCCCAGCCGGGCUCGGGCCCGUGCCGCGCGCGUCCGCAAGUAUCGUCCCAGUCGCUGGACGGCAGCAGCUCCCCGCGCCUGCAGCGACUGGCGCACGACCUCGACUCGCUGCAGCGGGAGCGGGACGACCUCGUGCAACAGCUUGAGGCAGCGAACCGCCAGCUUCGUUCGACGCGCCAGUUCGUGGAGGAGCAGGCGGCGGAGAGGGAGGCCGAGCGGGACGACUGGGCGCGCCGCGAGCGGGACCUCCGGGACGACGCCGCCCGCCUCACGGCCCGCCUGCAGAACAACGCCAGGAUCUUAAAUGAGGUGGAACAACUAGAAGCACAAACGCGAGAGAUGAACCAAAUUAUAUCAGAACUGGAAACUCGAAAGACAUCUACAGACAACGAACUCAAAGCCUCCGAAGAAAAAGUCUCCUUACUUCGAGAUAUCAUCGCUAACUUAGAAAGCCAAUUGGAACAAAAAACUACUCACGAAAAUGAAAUAUUAGAACAACUAGAAGAAAUGAAGAAUACUAUAGAAGAAAGAGAUAGCAAAAUGAGGACGUUGCUUGGUGAACUGGAGUCGCUAAAGAGUGAAAGAGUCGAACAUAGUGAUGUUGUUUGCGUCAAGUGUGGGCAGGAUGAAGCGAAGGCGGCGGAAUUGAUGGAGAGGGUCAAGGAACAGUGCCAGUACUUGGAAGAUAUGGUCCACCGUCGCACGCGCAAGAUGGAGCGCAUCCACGAGGUCUGCUCCACUAGCUGCAGUGAACCCAGUGAGGAUGUCUCACUCAGGGACCAGCGACAUAGGGACCUAGAGACGAAGUCCCCGGACGCGGACGCGACGCCCCGCGCGCCGUCAGUGUCGGAGCUGGCGGGCGUGUGGGAGUGCAUGCAGGCGCACGCGCGCGCCGAGGACGCCGUGCUCAAGCGGGUCGCUGACCUCGAGAUGCAGCGCGCGCAGCUCAAGGACAUUGCACAGGAGGUGCGCGCGGAACGCGAUGUCCUGCAGGCGCGUAUGUCGGAGCAGGCGCUGAAGAUCUCGUCCCUGUCGGCGCGCCUGCAGCAGCAGCGCAAUGACGCGGAGGCACUGUCCCACCAGGCCACCAGCCAACUCUCCGUGCAGCUACAUGACGCACUCGCUGAGGUUCAAAGGUUGAAGGAAGAGUUGGAGUCUAAAGAUAAACAACUAUUGCGAGUCAAGCAGACCUUGGAGGAGCGGGAGAAGCUUCAUGAUGAACAUCACUCCUUGUACGGAAACUCAUGUAAUCCAAAAGAUAAAGUGAUAAUAUUAGAACGCGAGCUUUCCACGGCUCAAUCGCGGAUAGGUCAGUUAGAGAGCCUCGCAAGGAGCUUGGAGAAGGACAAGGAACAACUGCACACAGCCAUCAGGGACCACCAGAGGGCGCUGGCAGAGAAAGAAGACCAAUUGCAAGAGUUACUCGCGCUAAAAUUGGACGAAGACAACCAAAAGGAGGAAAAUGGCGACGUAUUGGAAGGGAAAGCUUCCGCGCGAACUUUGAGUGACAUCGUGUCCAUAUCAGAGUUCGAUGAACAAGAUCUACAGAUGCGUCGCGCGGAGCUCAAGGGACACAACACUAGCAUCACUGGCGCUCACAUCGCAGACACCACGAAGGAAAGAACUCUCAACAGAACAUUACCACCUGAACUAGAGAAAGCCAACAUGAGCUCCCUCAACUUAGAAUACAUCGACCACUUCGACCUGCCUGGCUUCACUCCACGAGCUGACUCACUACCAGCUCACUUAACGUCCACACAGAACAAGGACCUACUCAAACAAUACAAGAGAAAUGUCAACGAAACUACAAUGUUUGGCAUUGAAAUGAAACAUGCUCAAAUCAUACAAGACAAUUGCUCAAUGUACCCCAAUAGAGACGCCAACGACAGUAAAGACUUGAGCGUCGAACCGAAGAAAAUUAACUUCUCCCUGGAAACUACCGACAAUAAAACGCAUAAUGACUUCACCUCGUUAGGCGAGUUAGGAAUAACGUUAGACGUUAAACAAGAAAACUUCCCAGACAUACUGACCCAAUUGAAACAUGAGAUUAAGAAAUCCAGGACAGAGUUAGAUAAUUGCAAGUCGGAACUGAAAAAUGCAGAAGAACAACUCUGUGAGUUCCCCGCUUUGAAGGAGGAGGUGGAAGAACUGAAAGGUCUUCUAGAAAACACCAUGGCCACUAUGGAGCAUGAUAAGAAAUUUUAUGAAAAUCAAUUAGACAAUUUCUCGUCAAACAAAAAGUUACUCGAGCAGAGACUUGGAGAACUGACGCAAGAAGUCAACGAUAAAUCUAAAGACUUGCAUUUACUUAAAGAAGAUAUUCUAAGGCGAGAAAAUAUGAUCCUAGAACUCGCCAAGGAAAAGCGUACCUUGACUAACAGAAUGACUGAAUUGGAAGUUAAGAUCGAUGAACUUCAGAGCAAGAACAACGCUUUAGAGAAAUAUGAAAAUGAUAAAGUAAAUGAACUGCAGAAGUUGCAGCAACUUGUUUCCGAGAAGAACCAACAGAUCGAUAGUUUGAAUCAACAUUUAGACAGGUUGGAUGACCUGCAAAGGUGCCUUAAUGACAAAACUGAAGAGUUAGACAACCUCAAGGAGGCAUUCGAAGAGAAAUCCAACGAAGUGUUCAACUUACAAGACACUGUAGACGCGUUACACCGAGACAUAUCAAAACUAAAUGAGGAGAAUGAUAAAUUGAACACUCACAACAAAGACUUAAAGUUGAAAUUGACAAAACUAGAGAAAGAACAGGAGAAUGCGUCCAUGAAACUACAGAGCAAUGAGAGUGAGCUAGCCAGAGUGAAUUCAUUGAACAACGAGUUGACAACGAAGAUAGAUGAACUGAAGCUGUUGACUGACAAGUUGAAGGACAAGGAAACGGAGAUAGAGAUACUACACGAAGACAUUAAUGCGUUCCAUGAGGAGAUCGCUUCGUUAAAGGAACAGCUGAAGAUGGUGUCAAGGAGUCCUUCGCCGAAGAAUAAGAGUGGAGAUGAGAGGAAGUCACUGGACCGACAGGCCAGCAAUGACACGAAGCAGUUAACCAAGAUACGGAAACAAAUCUCACUUCUGCAGCACGAGCUGGACUUUAACAAGAAAGAAUUAAAUGAUAAGGCAUUUGAGCUAGCGAAAGCUAAGCUAGACGUGACAGAGCUCCGGAACAAUUUAAGCCAAGCCAACAAGCAGACGUCGGACAAGGAGCUAGACAACGUACAGCUGAGGCAGCACGCUGACAGCUUGCAGCGGGACAUCAUGCAACAUGUCGCGGAGAAGGAACAACUUGCGCUGCGACUGCAAGCUGUGGAGGACAGGAUGCGAGAAGAGUCAAACGUAGGCGAGUUGAAGAAUAAACUUCGUCAGAAAGUGGAGAGAUGUCAGGAACUGGAAGUGGAACUAGAAAACUUAAGGGAACUUGUGGACAGGCUCCGUAUUUCCCCCGGUAGAGAGGUCCCUCAGUCGUCAGACCGUGCCCUGGCAGUCCGCUCCCCGACCGCGGAACUGGAGCGCGCCCUCAGGGACCAACUCGACUACUCACAUACGUUGGACGAAGAUAUCAUGGAACAGAUCCUAUCAGCUAGCAGUGACGAAAGAGAAGACAUACCUCGUCUAGCUUUAAAUACUUCCAAAUCAUCAAGCUCAAUUCACUCGUCGUCAUCAGACCGGCUCAAUAGACUGCGGACUGAGAAUGACAAGCUAACGAUGCAGGUCAACAACCUCGAGGCCAGGCUCAAGGAUAAGGACGCAUUGAUUGCUGAACUUAACAGGGUCCGCGACAAGUUGGUGCAGGACUGGCAGACGUGCAAGCUGCGCUACGACGCCGAGCGGGACAACGCCGGCCGCCUGCAGCUACUGCUGGACGCCCAGCGGGACACCGCGCACUCGCUGCAGAGCCAAGACUCCAACAUGAUCCAGAUCCUCAAGAAGCGUCUCGAAGCAUCGAUGCAGUCUGAGUUAGAACUCCAACAGAGAGAACAAGAGUCCCGCGCCCGCCUCGCGCAGUUACAGAGGCAGGCACUCGACACUACUGACCCGAAACACGCACAGCUGCAACAUGAGAUUGAAAACAACGAGCGGCUAAAAGGCGAGGUAUCCCUGCUGAAGUCCAAGCUAGAAGUGGAGCGCAGUCGUAUGAUGGACGUGCAGGCCAUGCUGGACCACGCCCGGCUGCAGUACGAGCGGGAACUCAACGCUAGGAACGAACACUGCUCGGCUCUGAAGACCGAACUCGCCGAGAUCAAAAGACUGAAACACGACGCAGGCGUCCAGUUAUUGCGUUCCAAGGAGUUAAUCAAUACACAAAGCACGACCAUCGCUGAGCUGGAGAGGAAGCUGGCUUCCUCACAAAACCAUCGACCUGUUGUUGAUGCACUGACUGAAAUCGAAAGCACGAAGUCAGAACUGUCUCGCGAGUUAGCAGCUUUGAAGCGGUGCCUGGCGACCGGCAGCGGCGGCAGCCCGCGCCAGCGCCGCGCCGCCGUAGAUGCGUACACGCAGACUGCGCCCGCGCAGGCCGCGCACGAGCAGACCGCGACAUCUAGCGACGACCGCGACCACGCCAUACGUUACUUGCACGGUCGUUGCCUCCGCUUAGAGAGUUGCCGCAAAGCUCUCGUCUGGCAGAAGCGGUACUUGCAGCGAGUGUUAGCGGGAUACACGGAGUUUGAGAAAAGACUACCCGUGUUAAGAGCGCCUGAAGUUAGCAAGGGAAAGAAGCGUUUCAAAUGUAUAGCGACGGCGGUGGUGAUCGUGGUCCGCAUGGGGUUCCUGGUGCGGCGCCGCCAGCACGUGCGCGCGCUGUCGGCGCACUGCAUACUGCGGGCCCCGCCCCACGCCACGCCCGCACCUAACAGUCAGUACGGCGGCACGUCCCCGCCGGCCCGCGAGCGCGGCCCGCCCGCUAGUGCCCGCGCCGCGCCCGACACGCUCGCACGGAGAGUGCUCAAACAUGAGAUGAGGCUCAACCUGCCCGCCUCGCCUGGACUGGGAGACUUUGUGAGAAGAUCGCCGUACACUCCAAACUCACCACAAAACGACCCAUUCAUCCUAAGUUCUCCUCGCGGCGAGGUCGCGGCCGCGUACCUGAACAAGUUGGAGUUAGUGAGUCGCUGCCUUAACCACGCCAUGGACGCUUCACGCGACGUGCCUUGA